AUGCGUCCACGAAAGCUUCUCUCGUGCGUCGCUCUACGAGUAGUCUUCGGCGACGCACUAGCCUCCCCAAUUAAAACCGGCAUCGGGGCCGCACUUAUUUCUCGAGCCGCGCUACUUAUUUCUUUCCUCGUCGUAAUUUACUUCCCUACGUCUUUUGCGCAGCCCGCACCUAUUCUCACCCCUCAAAUAUCCGCGCUAGCCAAGCCCUCCGCUUCCGUGCUUCCGCCAGCGCUCUCCCAAGCGUGUCCGCACACGGGGCUUGCGCCGUCCGCAACCGCCAUCGCGUCAACCCGAUGCCCCGCGGCAUCCGCGCAAUCGUGCUGCGGAGCUUGCGCGGAUCUCAACGCCGCGCUCGGACUUGCCAGUGCGAGUUUGGGCGACCUGGUGUCGCUCGUCAGUCCCGAAGCGCUGAGCUUCGUGCAACCCAAUGCUAAGGCGUGCGACGCGUUCAUCGGGCAGACCAAGUGCCUGCAGCUGCUGGAGGACCUCACCUGCGCGCUCACGUGCAACCCAGAUGCGAGUGCGUAUGUGAGCGCAACUGCAGCAGACACGGUGAUCAGCGUGUAUGCGGGCGCGUAUGUGAGUGCCACUGCAGCAGACAUGGUGAUCAGCGUAUGCGGGAGCGGAUAUGCGGGCGCGUAUGUGAGCGCCACUGCAGCAGGCACGGCGAUCAGCGUGUGUGACGCGUUUGCACAGGCGGUGAUGGAAGACUGCCAAGGCAUUGACCUGGGGGAGGUAUCCAUGAGUCGAGUAGCGCCGGACCCAUCGUCCUUCAUGAGCAUAGUGGCAGCGAGCGUGACAUCACUCAUGGGCGCGGCUGACGUCACCAUCACUGUAGAUAACACUAGAUCUUGCUUCAACGGCACGGGUCUUUACCCUCGCUACACUGCCUGCUGCGACCCGCUCACCAUCCCCCCCACAUGCCCUCCCAACUCAAUCAACUCCUCUUACUCCUCCCUCUCCUCUCGCUCCACCACCUCCUCCUCCUCCUCCUCUCUCCCCUCUCUCACCCGAGUCACCGAUCCAGAUGCGUGCAUGCUCGGCACUCUCCCCCCAACCUCCCAACCUCCCGAACCUGCCCCGUCCUCCGAGCCUUCCCCAGGCCUCUCGCCCGAGCCUGCGCCGCCCCCUCCCGGACCUGUCGUCUACCCUGCAUGUCCGUUCACUAAAGAACCCCCAACAAUCCCUAAGAGGGUCCCAACUCGCUGCCCUGCUGCUGCAAAUAAGACGUGCUGUGCCGACUGCAGUGACUUAGGUUUGGCGAUGAGGCUCGUGGGGACGAACCUUGAGGAUGUUGUGGUGCUGAUUGAUCCGAGCCUGGUGGGAUUCGUAGACUCGGGCUUUAAGAUGUGUGACAUGUUCACGGGCAGUCAGAUGUGCGGGCAAGCCAUAGAGGAUCUGCUGUGCGCCAUCACAUGUAACCCAGAUGCGGGUAACUACACCCGGGCAACAGCGGACGCCACAACAAUGUCCGUCUGCGCUUCUUACGCUGAGUUCUUCUUUGGCGUCUGCCAGGGCAUUUCCAUCGGAGCUGUCCCCCUCAGCGCUCUCAUCACCUCUUCCGAGUCGUUCCUUAAUGCCAUCGCAGCCAGUGUAAUGAAGGCCAUCGGCUACAGUAACAUUAACAUCGUUGUAGAGAAGAAAGCAUGCUUCAGUGGUUCUCAGGUGUUUGCUCCAGUGUGCGACCUGUUCGUUGGCCAACUGGAGUGCCCCUUUCUCGUCGAGGCGAUCGUGUGUGGCGCCAACUGCAACCCUGAUUCGGGCAGCUAUGUGAACAGCACCAAGGACGGCGCGUCAGUCAUGUUAAUCUGCCCGAAAUUCGCUGACCGCAUCUUCAGUGCCUGCAAGGGCAUCAAACUGGGCACGUAUGUGCUGAGCGAUCUGAUAGCGGAUGCACAAGCAUUCAUCGACACGGUUAUUGUCAACACGAUCAAGGUGGCUGGAGUGCCCAACCUCAACGUCACAAACCAGCCCUCGCCAGUACAAGCCCAUGCGACGCUGCUGCUUCCAUUCCCCCCACUUGCGCUGCUCCUGGUGGUGGCAGCACAACCAUCACGCCCCCCCCUUCACCUCCCCCACCUAAGAGUGGUGCUUAUUCAUCAUUCUCAUACUUCCCUCAACUUCCUUCGAUUUCGCCUUUGUCUGCCUCGUCGACCUUGUUUCCUCCACUGCCUCUUCGCCCUCUUACCCCUAGACCUCUCCCCCUUUCGACUCUUCCAAUCUCUUCCCCCCCUCAACUUAUAUCCUCUCCCUGACCCUCCCCGACUCUCCCUCUCCAUCCUCUCUCCCACCUCCGCCUUCUUACCCCUAAAUAUCCUCCACGUCUACCCUCUCCCUUCUUCCACCUUCUCUCCUCCCCACCCUCUCCCCCUCCGCACUUCCCACCUUCCCAGCAACUUUGUGCCGAACCUCACCAUCGGCCCUCCGGUGAUUGCUGCGCUUCGAAAGCACACGGAUGCCUACCUGGACUGCCACCUCAUGGUCACAGACCCCUUCGCCUACGUGGAGUCUAUGAAGCAGGCCGGAGCUUCCUCCUUCACCUUCCAUGUGGAGGCUGUGCCAGGCAGGGCACAGCAGCUGGUGGCUGAGGUGCAUGCAGCGGGCAUGAGGGCGGGGGUGGCCAUCAAGCCUUCCACGCCUGUCGAAUCCGUCCUGCCCCUCUUGGAGGGACAGGAGGCAGUGGAUGUGGUGCUGGUGAUGACAGUAGAGCCGGGGUUUGGAGGGCAGGCGUUUAUGCCUGACAUGAUGCCCAAGGUGCAGUUUCUACGGUCACGAUUCCCAGAGCUGGAUAUUCAGGUGGAUGGCGGGUUGGGUCCAUCGACCAUAGGUCAAGCAGCAGAAGCUGGAGCCAACUGCAUUGUUGCUGGAAGCUCUGUGUUUGGCGCUUCCGACCCGGCCGCUGCCAUUGCUGUCCUCCCUUUCAACAUUGCAAUUUCCUCUCUGAAUGCAGCCGCUACUGUCUCACUAAUUGUGAAAAACACGGGCGCUUCCGAGCACGCGCAGCCUUCUUACGCGCCCCCUGCUUCCUUGCCUCAUCCCCUCUCCCCGUCCUCCCCUCCUAUCCCUCUCCCCGUCCUCCCCUCCUAUCCCUCUCCCCGUCCUCCCCUCCUAUCCCUCUCCCCGUCCUCCCCUCCUAUCCCUCUCUCCGUCCUCCCCUCCUAUCCCUCUCCCCGUCCUCCCCUCCUAUCCCUCUCCCCGUCCUCCCCUCCUAUCCCUCUCCCCGUCCUCCCCUCCUAUCCCUCUCCCCGUCCUCCCCUCCUAUCCCUCUCCCCGUCCUCCCCUCCUAUCCCUCUCCCCGUCCUCCCCUCCUAUCCCUCUCCCCGUCCUCCCCUCCUAUCCCUCUCCCCGUCCUCCCCUCCUAUCCCUCUCCCCGUCGUCCCCUCCUAUCCCUCUCCCCGUCCUCCCCUCCCAUCCCUCUCCCCCUUCCCUCCAAUCGCUCUCCCCCUUCCCUCCCAUCCCCCCCUGACAGCCGCUUAUAACGCCCCACCGAUACCGAAGCACAGGGGUACUUCCAAGCCUGGGCCCGUCUACUAUGGCUCGCCAGACCUCCUUUCCAACCCGCACAAAUCUUCCGGCUCGUCUAAAUCUGGGCCGUCGCAAUCUGGACCGUUGAAAUCUGGGCCGUCAAAAUCCGGGUCCACGAAGCCUGGUAACCUAGUAUCCGGAGGCACCCCGACAGCGGGACCGCGAUGCGUCAAUCGCUUUCCCUCCCGCCCGCUCUGCAAGUUUGUCGACAGCCUCCGCGCGGCCGGCACGGGCGGCACGGGCGGCAGGAUGGAGCUCGUGGACGGCACAAGCGGGAAGAUUCUCCGAAUCGGAGUGUAUCAGAUCCGGCAGAAGUUUCACCGAGAUCUGCCGCCCACGAAGCUGUACGCGUUUGGGACGAGCCGCGCGCGCGCGUCGUAUCCGGGUCCGACUAUAGUGGCGAGGAAGGGCGUCAUGACUAAGAUUCGGUGGGAGAACCAUCUAACGGACGAAAAGCACAUGUUGCAAGUAGACUACACUAUCAAUAAGGACGUCCCUAGACCGUCCCGUGGCGGCAUUCCCUUCGUGCCCUUCCGGCAAGGAGGCCACGCGCACAGCUCGUAUUCCGGCCAUCCCCAGGCGUGGUUCACUCAGUACGGCGAGCUCGGCCCUGCCCUCUCCUCCCGAUCCUCCACCCGAACCUCCCGUGCCUCCCGAACCUCUCCACUUCCCUCCUCCUCCUCUUCUCCCUCUUCCGGAGGCCCUGAGGCCCCUCAAGAGCAUGCAUACUAUUCGCAAACGUACAAGUAUCUGAACCAGCACUCUGCUGCUCUGCUCUGGUAUCGGGACCGCACUCAGGGCGUGGGGAGGUUGAACCUUAUAGCGGGGAUGGCAGGCCUGUACGUUGUAACGGAUCCUGACGGGGCCGAGGGGAAGCGGAGAAGUGGAAAAGCAGGGAGCGGAGAAGCAGGAGGGGGAGGAGCAGGAGGGGGAGGAGGAGGAGGGAUAGGGGAGCAAGGGGGAGGAGGUGGGAAGGUAUCGGGGGCGGGAGUGGGAAGCUGGAUUCCCAAGGGGGAUUACAGUAUUCCUCUGGUGUUGGCGGAUCGAACGUUCACAGCGAAUGGAUCGCUGUAUUACCCGAGGAGAGGGGUGGUGCCUGAUGUGCAUCCCAACUGGGUGGACGGGUUCUAUGGCAACACCAUUGUUGUGAAUGGCCUGGCCUGGCCGUACCUCAAGGUGCGUCCAGCGCUGCACAGGUUGCGCCUGCUCUCUGCUGCCAACGCUCGUUUCUUCAACCUCUCCUUUGUCUGCGCCGAUCGCCGCGACUACCCCAACUUCUACCCUCCUUUAAAAGGGAGCAAAGUGAAAUUUGCCCAGAUAAGCAGUGAUGCAGGUUAUCUCGUCCGCCCAUCCUACGUCCGCUCCCUGCUACUUGCACCAGGCGAGCGAAAGGACAUUCUCGUGGACUUCUCCUCGCUGCCCUCCGUCUGCCGGGACGUGAUUGUAACGAAUUCGGCUCCCUCGCCCUUCCCUAACGGCACGCCUCCGGGCAGUCACACGGGGGUGGUGAUGCGGAUUGUGAUCACCCAGACGAAGAAAAUCGCCAGCCCAAAAAUACCCGAGAAAAUAUCGAACCCCCUUCCCCCAAUCAACCUGAACCAGGCAGCGCAGCACCGGUGGAAGAUGCUUGUCUCAGUUAAAGACGCGCAAGCUGACGCCCCUCUGCGCAUGCUGAUCGACAACAUGGGCUUUAAGGACGCGGCCACUGAAGCUCCCAGAGUGGGGACAUACGAAAUAUGGCACAUAGUCAACCUCUCACCCAUCGCCCACCCCAUCCACAUUCCCCUCGCACUCCACCGCCCCAUCUCCCGCCGUCGAUUCGACGCAGAGGCCUUUUUGGACGGGUUCUGUGCGUUUGAUCGGGCGAUGGGCCAAGGGGGUGGUUGCAGAGCGGAGCUGAUGGAUAAUGAAGCCAUGAGGCCCAUCGUGGUGCGUGCAGGCAAGUGA